AGCUAUAAAGAACAGACAGAAGGAUUGAAUGACUCGGUAGCGCUGACAGCAUAUUCUCUGAACGCACCCCAAAUCUCAUGAAAAAGAGAAAAAGAGAACUAGUGCAAGCUAGUGCAGUCGUGCAGCGAUAGAAAAUAGAUUAGGAGAAAAAAAAAGAUUGGCGGGAUGUGUCCAAGUCGACUCGAAUCAGCAAAUCAAAUACGCCAGUAGUCGCUUCUCAUACGAGAAUUAUUUGGCAUUGGAUCUUUGCAUGUUUGUAAAGAUACUCGACUUCAAGAAGUUACUUUUUUGUUAUUAGUAACGUACACUUUGAACUAAGAUAAGAAAAAAACAAGAAAAAGAGAGUGAAUAGGAGAAAAUAUCUGUUCUCGGGGGCAAAUAUCUACGGGAAAGGUUUGAAAAGUCGAAGUUCAUAAUAAAAUAUAUUUAAUAUUUCAUUAAUAGAGUAUAAUUCAGCAUUGAUAGAAGUAUAAUGGAUACUGAUGAUACUACCAAUAAAAUGGAAAGUACUAAAAUAUCUGUUUCGAAAAUAAAACACGAUUGGUAUCAAACGGAGACCCAUGUUAUCGUAAUGAUACUUGUGAAAAAUUCGGAAAAUGUUAAAAUUGAAUAUGAAAAAAAUAUGUUGAGUGUAUCUGCAAAAUUACCAUCUGGUAGUGAUUACAGUUUAGAAUUAGAUCUGGCUCAUUUAAUAAUACCUGGACAGUGUUCACACAAAGUAUUAUCAUCUAAAAUAGAAAUCAAACUAAAGAAACAAAAUGGCAUUAGAUGGAAUACACUAGAAGGAAACCUAGUUGAGCAAAACGUAGUACAACCAAUACCAACUGAAAUACUUCAGGCUAAUGAUCAAACGCCAAAAUAUCCAAGUUCCUGUAAGAAAUUUAGAGAUUGGGAUAAGGUAGAGAAGGAGAUAGAGAAACAAGAAGCACAAGAAGAGCCAGAAGGAGAGGCAGCUGUAAAUGCUCUCUUACAACGAAUAUAUGGUAACGGAUCUGAUGAAGUAAGACGUGCAAUGAACAAAUCUUUUGUAGAAUCCGGCGGUACUGUUUUGAGUACAAAUUGGUCAGAAGUAGGUCAAGGAAAAGUAGAGAAGAAACCACCAGACGGAAUGGAAUGGAAAACUUGGAACUCAUAAAGUCAUUCAAAUAACAGUUUUUCGUUGUUUCUUGCAUGCAAUAACACUAUUUGAUUUAAUGCACACUACAAGUAUAUAUACAUAUAAUCUAUAUAAUGUACUUUAUUAUCAAAGAAACAAAUAAUCUUGACACUUUCACUAUGUUACUCUUAAAUAAUACUCUUUCUAUAUAUGAUAAAAUUCGAUAAGAAUGAAUUUAUUUCCUGUAAUAAUUAUACAUAUGUAUUCAGCAUAAUUA